AUAUGUCAAAUCGGAAAGGUAAAAUUACCAGAAGUCGAUUUUAUGGUCUUUUUUAUUACAUCGAGUUUGUAACCAAAUAUUAAUACUGUAAUCUUAAAUAUAUCGAACAUUUUGUGAAUUAACUAAAACAUUUUUAGAAAUGCCUGCCGAUUAUUUUGAUAAAUAUACAUUUUUGUGCGAAAUGUAUGACAAGGAUGCGGAUGAAAUAAAGGAAUUAACUUUAAAUUUCUUCCCUUUUGAUAAUUCCGUACAAGUUAUAGAAUCGAAAAAAGGAAAAAACCUAUUAAGACGAGUACAUCUUCCUCCACUUAAAUUAGAAAUGCUUCAGAUUGGUAAUAUCAUUAACAUAUUCUCAAAAUUACUACACAUUAUUGACUGUGCACCGGCUACUCGCAGAAUACUCUUCGACAAUGUUCAAAGUACAUUUGCAAUAAUUAAGCCAGUACCACCAAGCGAACACGGAAAGAUUAUAACGUUCAUAAUGAAGAAAGGUUUUCGUAUUGUUCGAAUGAGAAACGGUAAAGUAACUAAAGAGUUUGCUUUAGAACUUUAUUCUCAUUUGUCUGGUAGCCAUAUGAUGCCGAUUAUAAUAGACUAUGUAACUGGUGGAGAAAUAAUAGGGUUGGAAUUGGUUGCGCCAAACGCUGUUGAAAAGUGGCGAAAAUGUUUAGGAAAUACCGAUCCCGCGAUAGCAGCGCCAGGCACAUUGCGGCGCCUGUACGGGGAAAAUAAGUUGAAAAAUGUUGCUCAUGGAUGCCAAACACAGGAAGAUGCAAAUCGUAUGUUAGAUUUAUAUUUUGGAUAUGAGCAUGGUGUACCGAGAGUACCAUACAGAGCAACUAUGACGGAAUGCACUUGCUGCAUCAUAAAGCCCCACGCCAUAAUCGAUGGUAACGUAGGGUCAAUUCUUGAACAGAUAAGCACUUCAGAAGGUUUCUACAUAUCUGCUAUAGCCAUGUUUUCAGUGAGUUUACUGAAUGCCAAGGAAUUUUACGAAAUAUACAGAGGUGUUUUACCGGAAUAUGAGACCAUGUGUAUUCAAUUAGCAGAAGGCAGUUGUAUUGCACUGGAAGUAAAGAGCAAAGAUCCAAAGUGUUGUGUUGUCACUGAAUUUAGAAAAUUAUGUGGCCCAAGAGACCCUGAGUUGUGCCGUCAGCUAUAUCCAAACUCAAUCAGAGCACACUAUGGAAAAUCCAUACUACAUAAUGCAGUACAUUGCACAGAUCUGCCAGAGGAAGGGGAAGUAGAAGUGGAAUACUUCUUUAAGUUACUUGCUUUUAAUUAAAUUCAGUUAUUUAUUUAUUUUUAUAACUGUUCUUUAUGCAAGUAUCAAAGCCUUCAAUUUCAAUUUUUUCAUACACCCAUUUUCUAUUUACCCUGAAAAAUAUACAAAAGCUAGAUUAAACUUA